CUGCACGCCACCCCUCUAUCUUUCUCUCUCUUCGCUUUCUCUCUCUAGAAUCUCAGGGGUCGGAUUGGCCUUUGACAAUACUCUCGUCGUUGAUUCCAGUAGGAGUUGGAAGAGGAUUGCUAGUGAAAUUAUUCUUGAGUGGCGAAUGGCUGGAAUUGUGAAUGAGGAGUCUGGAGUGGGGAAGUCUGUGGAGGGAAUUUCAGCUGGGCAACGUUGUCAAUCUGGUGAAGCAUUGGCAGAAUGGCGUUCCUCUGAGCAGGUGGAAAACGGAAUCCCAUCUACUUCACCCCCUUACUGGGAUACUGAUGACGAUGACGAUGGUGGUGGUCCAAAACCUUCUGAGUUAUAUGGAAAAUAUACGUGGAAGAUAGAAAAGUUUUCUCAGAUUACCAAACGGGAACUCCGGAGUAAUGCAUUUGAGGUUGGCGGCUACAAAUGGUACAUUUUAAUUUAUCCACAAGGUUGUGAUGUUUGCAAUCAUCUCUCUUUGUUUCUAUGUGUAGCUAAUCAUGACAAACUUCUUCCAGGAUGGAGUCAUUUUGCACAAUUUACAAUUGCUGUGGUCAAUAAAGAUCCAAAGAAAUCAAAAUAUUCUGAUACAUUGCAUCGUUUUUGGAAGAAGGAGCAUGACUGGGGUUGGAAAAAAUUUAUGGAGUUAUCAAAAGUUUAUGAUGGCUUUGUUGAUGCUUCUGACAAUUUGAUAAUAAAAGCACAAGUUCAAGUCAUCAGGGAGAAAACGGACAGGCCUUUUCGUUGUCUUGAUUGUCAGUAUAGGAGAGAACUUGUUAGAGUAUAUCUCACAAAUGUAGAGCAAAUUUGCCGGCGUUUUGUCGAAGAGAGACGGAGCAAGCUUGGGAAGUUGAUAGAGGAUAAAGCUAGGUGGACGAGCUUCUGUGCUUUCUGGCUGGGAAUUGACCAAAAUACUAGGCGCCGCAUGUCCAGGGAGAAGACUGAUGUAAUUCUAAAAGUAGUUGUAAAGCACUUCUUUGUAGAGAAAGAGGUCACUUCUACUUUGGUGAUGGAUUCAUUGUAUAGCGGAUUAAAGGCUCUGGAAGGCCAGACUAAGUGCAAAAGAGGCAGAGUAAAGGCUUUGGAUGCUGAAGAAAUGACAGCACCAAUUGUUCGUGUAGAGAAGGACGUGUUUGUGCUGGUGGAUGAUGUUUUACUGUUGCUUGAGAGGGCUGCUGUAGAGCCACUGCCUCCGAAGGAUGAGAAGGGUCCUCAAAAUCGUACAAAGGAUGGGAACUCUGGGGAGGACUUCAAUAAAGACUCCAUAGAGCGUGAUGAAAGGCGUCUCACUGAACUUGGUCGCAGGACUGUGGAAAUAUUUGUCCUUGCCCACAUAUUCAGCAAUAAAAUUGAAGUUGCGUACCAGGAAGCUGUUGCAUUAAAGAGACAAGAAGAGCUCAUCCGUGAAGAAGAGGCGGCUUGGCUGGCUGAAAGUGAACAGAAAGCAAAGCGGGGAGCAAAUGAGAAAGAAAAGAAGUCAAAGAAAAAGCAGGCCAAACAGAAAAGGAACAGUCGGAAAGGUAAGGAUAAAGGGAGGGAGGAGAGGCCAGUUGUGAUUGUACAUGACAAGCAUCAAGAGGACAACCCUGCUGAUGAGAGAAAAGAUUCUAACAUGGAGGAGCUGCAAACUGUAGUUGAAAAGCCUGAUGCAUUGGAAGAUGUCUCUGAUGUGUCCGACUCUGUUGAUGGAGUUGUUGAAGUUCCUCAGCCUGAUUCAGAAGACAGAGAGGCUAGUCCUGUUAAUUGGGACACUGAUGCAUCAGAAGUUCAUCCUACUGGGACUAGGAGCAAUGGUAUAGGUAGUCUUUCAUCUACACAAAAUGAUAAUGAAAUGGCUGAAAAAAGGAGCAGUUCAUUGGUGGAUGAUAGCUCUUCAACAUGUUCCACUGAUUCUCUGUCAUCCAUGACCGUGAAUGGCCACUUUAAGGGGAACUCCUACCCAAAUAACAUAGUCCAAAAGUCACCUACUAGAGGUAAGAACCCACGUAAAGCAUCAAAUGAUGGGUCUAGUUGGACCAGUGAGAUGGAUAAUCAGCCAUCUAGGUCUGCCACUGAUGUUGGGGAUGCUGUUGGUGAGGCUGGACCAGGCAGGGUAGGGGAGUCAUCAACUGAGAGUACUGUUAUCACUUUGCAGGAUCGGUUGAAGUGGCUUGAGCAACCUGUUGUCAAAAAGGAGGAGCAAGUUCUCCAGCUACAGAAGAAACUGAGCAUAAAAGACGAGACUGACAAGGCAAGACCUGUUGACACUGAAAGCCUCCCGAAAGAGAGGACCUCAGCGGUGCCGUCCUCACCUAGAAGUCCUCCAACAUGCCUGCCUUCCUCUUCAAGUGCUAAUGUAGAUCCUGUGCAUGUCAGGAAAACAUCUUCAACCGGCUCCCAGCAGAUUGAUGUAUCUUCACCCUCAUGUUCUCCGCCACCCGUAACAACUGUUUCCAAAAGUGAUACCCAGAGGACUGCAGGUGCGAGAACAACGGAAAGAUCUGUGGCACAAUUGCCUGCGGUGUCAAGACCUUCUAGCACUCCUUUUGUUCCUGGUCACAGGUCCAUUGCUCCUGUUGGCUCUAUGGUUCAAACAGCUCCAUCACUUGCACGGUCGGUGAGUGCAUCAGGACGGUUGGGUCCUGAUCCCUCACCAGCAACUCAUAGCUAUGCUCCUCAGUCUUACAGAAAUGCCAUGAUGGGUAACUCUGCAACCUCCACUGCAACUAGUUUCGCUCAUUCCAACUCCUCGAGUUCAGGAGUAAACCAUUUACCUAGCUAUUCACAACCAUCUUCCAUGGUAUCAUCACCUAUGUAUUUAUCACAAACCUCUGAGAGAAUGGAUUCUAAUUCUAGCUCGUCUGGUCAUCCUUUUGGCAUGAUUGCACGAGAUUUACAAAACGGAUCCCAGUGGAUUGAGAGUUCUCAAAGAGACGUCAAUAGGAGCAUGCACUAUGAUGCACCUUCUGCAUAUAAUGACGUCCAAAACCUUGACAUGUUCAAGCCUGUGCAGAGCAGAUAUAUGGGCAGCAUGCCAACUGAGUUCCCAGCGUGCCCGUCUGGGCGUCAGACUCAAAGUUUAUUGGCAGAUGAGUUCCCACACCUUGAUAUCAUCAAUGACCUUCUCGAUGAUGAACAUUGUGGUGGGAAGGCAACCUCAGUCUUCCAGUCUCUCAAUAAUGGACCCCACUCACUAAAUCGACAAUUCACUUCUCCUGGAGAUGUGGGCACAAGUGACAAUUUGAGACCCUCUACCGGUUCUUGCAGGUUCGAGCGAUCACGAAGUUACCAUGACUAUGGAUUUCAUCGAGGAUAUAGCUCGUCAAGUAUGCACUUUGACUCAAUCAGGGAUUAUGUUCCUCAGAGUAGUACCCUACCAUACGUAAACGGCCAUGUGGACGGAUCGAUCCCAAAUCAAUGGCAGGUGGCUAAUUCUGAUUUAUCAUCAUACGUAGGCUUGAGACAAACGGAGAAUGAUGGUUAUCCAUACUAUCCAGAUUAUUCAAGUAUGGCUUGUGGUGUCAAUGGUUAUGCUGUAUUCCGGCCAUCAACUGGUCCUUAAAUGGACAAGAAGAAUGCAGGUUGCCCAUGAAUGAGGUCACCCUCGAAAAUGUAAUCUCUUUGAUGAUUAGAAGACGACAUUGUGUAAAGAGUGGUUCCCAGCUAUUUGCUUCCAGCGUUUUCAUAUGCUUCAGUCUCUGGGAUUAUUGUCUAGCGUUUUUAUUAUUUAUUAUUAUAAUUUCUUUCCCUAAACACUGGUAGCGCAAAUUUGAGUCACACUUCGCGUCGCUGGACCCCAUCUAUUGAUUUCUUUGUGAAAUUUAAGCACUUGUCAUGUUUUUCACUUCUCA